AUAUAAGUUUUAAAAUUUAUACUUUUCAUUAGAAAUAUUUCGAAGAUUGGAAGAGCAAUUUGUGUCAAACCGGGACUGACUAAUGAAUACUUAAACUACUGAUGAGAAAACAGCGAAGAUACUAAAACGGCGAGAAAUGUAAAGUGAGGUUUACAAAAGUAACAAAAAAUCAAAACGGGAGACGAAAGACUUUUUACAAAACACUACACUCCAUUGACUAUGUGGCAAAUACCGGAAUAAGAAUGUAGAGAUACUGAGCAAAAUGAACUGUUAAAAGAAAAAUGGAUCUGGAUGUUAACGGCAACAACAAUACCCAAGAAUUUUGUGAUACUCAGUAUAAACAUUUCGUCGCACCAUAUGGAGAAUUUUGGUGCAAUCCGGUAUGGGACUCGUUGCUCUGUUGGCCGCCGACAAAAGCUUCGACCACAGCGAAACAACGAUGCCCCUUUGUGGACGGAUUCGAUACGACUAAAUCCGUGGAAAAGAAAUGCGGCUACAAUGGACGUUGGGAAUCACAAAAUGGCACGAGCACAAAUGAGUAUUUAUCUAUCGGUUGGGCGAACUAUACCACUUGCUUACCACCAGAAAUGCUGCGGCUUCACUACAGAGUUUACAACAAUAAUGUCGAUGGCGAGAUGAAAAUGGAAAUAGCCGAGAAGACUCGUACUUUGGAGUUUGUUGGUCUUAGUAUUUCUCUGGUGGCUUUGCUUGCUUCCCUGCUGAUCUUCUGUAGAUUUAGGUCAUUACGGAACACAAGGACUAGGAUCCACAAGAAUCUUUUCCUUGCUAUGAUUGUGCAGGUGCUAAUCAGAUUAAUAUUGUACGUAGACAUCGCAAUCUUUCGAAGAAAGCCGCACAGCGUAAAACGAGGAAUAGGAAAUACCCCAGUACUAUGCGAAGCCGCUUACGUGCUCCUGGAAUACGUCAAGACCGCGAUGUUUAUGUGGAUGUUCAUAGAGGGUCUAUUUUUGCACAACAUGGUGACUGUGACGGUCUUCCAAGAAACAUCUUAUUAUCGAAUAUAUCGAUUUGUUGGAUGGGGAUGUCCAGUGCUGAUAACUAUGGCUUGGGCUAUCAUUAUGACAUUUUAUUAUCAUCCGAAAUCAAAAUUUAUUAGGUGCUGGUCAGGAUACAAUUUAUCAUCCUAUUUUUGGAUCCUUGAAGGGCCUAGAUUUGCGGUUAUAUUGCUCAAUUUCUUAUUUCUGCUAAACAUUAUAAGAGUGCUCGUAGCAAAGCUACGGCAGAGUCACACAAGCGAAAUUAAACAAAUACUAAAAGCCGUGAGGGCAGCCGUGGUACUUUUACCAUUAUUAGGCAUCACUAAUAUUCUCUUUAUGAUUGAGGCCCCAUUGGAUAAUGUGAACAAGUUUGCGGUAUGGUCGUAUUCGACGCAUUUUCUGCAAUCAUUUCAAGGUCUCUUUAUCGCAACUCUUUAUUGUUUCCUUAAUGGCGAGGUAAGAUUUGUUUUGGAUAAAACUAUUGCCGUUUAUCUCUCCCUAAGAGGGGGCAAUCUGCAGAAUAAAAGACAGUCAACUUUUAAUAGUUGUCAGCCUCAUCAAAUAACUUCGAUGGUGAUCGAGAUGGAGGAGACAGAAACACAGUCCGCUGGAUUAGCAAGGCUGUGCUGUCGCGGCGGAAACAGCCUACCAAAUCCGGAUCGAUCUAUCGAAACACAGGGACAAAGAGAUGAGAAAAUUGAAUGCGCAAUUUCUCGAGGACGAUCAUCUAGCAAUUGCGCGAAUUCCUCGGCAUCCUUGCAAUAAGAUAAUCCUUAGAAUUGGGGAGUUGCUGAUGUUUUGUUUGGAUUUCCGAACAAACAAAAUAAAUUUUUAUUUAUCUCAGAUCGACAAUGUGCUUGAUCGUCAGUGAUUGGUAUUUUCUUGUAAGAAUUUGUCUUCAUAUAUGUAAAAUGAAGCUUGAUGUUCAACAAAUAACGAAAUUUUUAAUAUAAAGAAACGUAAAUUCUAAGGCCUAAAUUCUUUCUUGUUAUCUAAGCCGGUAGUGCUCAAAUUUUCUCGAAUGAAUGAUGAUAUUAAAUGGAUGAACGUGUUUAAAAAGUUUGCUUCUUUGUGAUAAUUAAAAUGCAAUGUUUAAAAAAAAACUUAAUAAAAAAUAUUAAUAUUGUUUAUAUUGU